GGAAGUCGACCAACUCUCCUGACUCUCCCUGCUUGUCAUGAACUUGCGUUAGGAGGAAAAAAAUUUAAACCUUUCAAUUAUAAUUUUUAACCCACUUUUCUUUGCUAUUAACAGGCUUUGAGAAGAGGUGUUCACUGCAGCUAAAAGGAGGCAAUAACCAUGAAGUGGGGUUGGAUGUUUUUAGGUGUUUUCCUCUCUUUGGGGACCCUGUCCUGGGGGGAGAAAGGCUUGGAGAUUCCCGAGUAUGAUGGCAGAGAUCGUGUCCAUACGCUCACUACCAAGAACUACAAGUCCAUCAUGAAGAAGUAUGAUGUGAUGGUGAUCUACUACCACAAAAACGUGGAUGGGAACCGCAGUGCCAUGAAGCAGUUACAGAUAGAGGAGCUGGCUUUGGAGUUGGUCACAAGUGUAGCAGCAAAUAUCUUUCAGCUUGCAGCCCAAGUUCUGGACGAACUUGAUGAUGAGGACAUUGGAUUUGGCCUGGUGGAUGAAAAGAAAAGCAUUGCUGUUGCCAAGAAGCUAGGUCUGGAUGAAGUGGACAGCAUCUACAUCUUUGCAGAUAAUGAGAUAAUUGAGUAUGAUGGAGAGCUGGCUGCAGAUACAAUUGUUGAGUUUCUCUAUGAUGUGAUUGAAGACCCUGUGGAGAUCAUCGACAACGAGCGUGAGCUGAAGGGUUUCUACAACAUGGAUGAUGUCAUCAAGCUGGUUGGCUACUUUAAGAGCGAGAAAAACUCUCAUUUCAUCGAGUAUGAUGAUGCUGCUGAGGAGUUUCAUCCUUUUGUCAAAUUCUUUGCCACAUUUGACGCCAAGAUUGCCAAGAAGCUGAAACUGAAGGUGAAUGAAGUGGAUUUCUAUGAACCAUUCAUGGAGGAACCUGUCACCAUUCCUGGAAAGCCCUACAUCGAGUCUGAACUUGUUGACUUCAUUGAAGAGCACGACAGACCCACUUUAAGGAAGCUUCAGCCUCACAGCAUGUAUGAGAUCUGGGAGGAUGACAUUGAUGGAGAGCACAUUGUUGCCUUUGCUGAAGAGGAUGACCCGGAUGGUUUUGAAUUCCUGGAAAUCCUGAAGGAAGUGGCUCGAGAGAACACCGAUAACCCCAACCUCAGCAUCAUCUGGAUCGACCCUGACAAUUUCCCCCUGCUGGUUCCAUACUGGGAAAAAACGUUCGGUAUUGACCUCUCCUCCCCACAGAUUGGUGUAGUUGAUGUCGAGGAUGCUGACAGCGUGUGGAUGGAGAUGGACGACCAGGACGACAUGCCCACAGCUGACGAGCUGGAGCAGUGGAUUGAGGAUGUUCUGUCUGGAAAGAUCGACCCAGAUGAUGACGACAAGGAUGAUGAUGAUAACGAUGACGAUGAUGACGAUGAUGAUGACGACGACAAUGAUGAUGAUGACGACGAUGAUGACGACGAUGAUGAUGAUGACGAUGAUGACAAUGAUGACGAUGAUGAUGAUGAUGACGACGAUGACGAUGAUGACGAUGAUGACGAUGAAUAAUUGAUACAUCCUUCUCUAUAGGACACCACUAACGAGAGAAGUCAGAACUCUUUCACACCUGCAGCAAACAGAAAUGUCUCUUUGGUUCCUAAGUUUUCUCAUGUAGGAUGGAUAAAACAACCUCAUGGGAAACAGUGAAGGAGAUUUUCAGUAAAUCCGAGGAUUUCUCCCUUAAAAUGAUCAAAGUAUAUGUCUUUUGUAAUGUCCUUGCUCAUCUCUGACCUCUGAUACAAUGAAUAAGCAAAAAGGCAAACUAAGCAAAAUUCGCAAAUAUGUCAGCUGAUUGUCACAGAUUGAUUUUCGUCCCUUUCUGCUUGUUUUAAUUUAGCUGUUUCAAUGACAUUUUCUAAAACUUUCUUGAAUAAUUUUUAAAGGCAAUAAAAUGAAACUUACUGGA